AUGGACUCGCCGGGCGGGCAGCAGAGCAUCCGCAGGAAGAAGAUGACGAAACAACUGACCGGGAAACGGGACGACACGCCGCUGCAUUCCGCGGCCAGAGCAGGGAAUUUAGUGGUGGCGAAGGAGAUUCUCUCGGGAACGAAUGACGGAGAACUGAAGGAUCUGUUGUGCAAGCAGAACCAGGUGGGAGAGACCGCUUUGUUCGUGGCUGCCGAGUAUGGCUACGUCGAUGUGGUGCACGAGAUGAUGAAGCAUUACGACGUUGCGAUGGCGGAGAUAAGGGCCAAGAAUGGGUACGACGCUUUGCACAUCGCCGCCAAGCAAGGGGAUGUAGAUGUGGUGAAGGAGCUGCUCAAAGCUCUUCCGGAGCUCUCGCUGACGGUGGACUUGUCCAACACCACCGCGCUAAAUACGGCGGCAACACAGGGCCACAUCGAUGUGGUGAACCUCCUGCUCGAAACUGAUAAGAGCCUCGCACUGAUCGCCAGGAGCAACGGCAAGACUGCGCUGCAUUCCGCCGCAAGAAAUGGGCACUUGGAAGUCGUCAAGGCUCUUCUAAGAAAGGAAUCCGCGAUUGCCACCAGAACUGACAAGAAAGGCCAGACUGCACUUCACAUGGCAGUGAAGGCAACAAGCCUGGAGUUGGUGGUGGAGCUUCUUGAGUCCGAGCCCUCUUUGCUUAACCUGGUGGACACGAAGGGCAACACAGCACUGCAUAUAGCAGCAAGGAAAGGCCGCGCUCAGAUCGUCAAGAGAUUACUUGAGAUAAAGGACCUUGAGAUCAAAGCUAUCAACAAGUCAGGGGAGACAGCCCUCGACACUGCGGAGAAGAUGGGGCACAUGGAGGUUGCCAGCGUCCUCCUGGAGCACGGUGUGCCGAGCGCAAGGACCAUGAAGCCCCCUCCUGCGAACCCGGCGCGGGAGCUAAAGCAGACGGUGAGCGACAUCAAGCACGAGGUUCACUCGCAGCUGGAGCACACACGCCAGACGCGGAGGCGCGUGCAGGGGAUCGCGAAGAGGCUCAACAAGCUCCACCAGGAGGGCCUCAACAACGCCAUCAACUCCAACACCGUCGUCGCCGUCCUCAUCGCGAGCGUCGCAUUUGCCGCCAUCUUCACGGUUCCCGGGGAAUACGUAGAGUCCGACAACUUAGCUCCCGGGCUGACGCUAGGAGAAGCCAAUGUGGCGCAUCAAACGCCGUUCAUGAUUUUCUUCGUCUUCGACUCGGUGGCUCUUUUCAUAUCCUUGGCCGUCGUGGUGGUGCAGACGUCCGUGGUGGUCAUCGAGAGCAAGGCCAAGAAGCAGAUGAUGGCCAUCAUCAACAAGUUGAUGUGGAUAGCCUGCGUGCUCAUCAGCGUCGCCUUCCUCGCCCUCUGCUUCAUCGUCGUGGGGCGUACACAGAAGUGGCUGGCGAUCGGGGUGACGGUCAUAGGGACGGUGAUACUGGCGACGACGCUGGGCACCAUGCUCUACUGGGUGAUUGCCCAUCGAAUCGAAGCCAAAAAGAUGAGGGAAAUCCGGCGGGCAACGCUCGGUCGAUCGCGGUCGUGGUCCGUCUCUGGGAUGUCAGACAGCGAGUGGGUCAACAAGGAGUACAAGAAGAUGUACGCCAUCUGAGAGUAGAAACCAUAACGUAGACACCACCAUCAGUUCAGCCAAUGUCA